AUGGAAGUGGAGACCGGAAUCGAUGGGGAUAUCAGCAAUGCUCAGAAGCAGCUUGGCGGCCGGGUGACCGCCACCUACAGAAAGAUCUCCAAGACGGCCGGUUCGAGACCGCGAAUGAUUAGCGACGCCGUUCGUCAUGAUUUAAUGGAUGGAAUCGGGCAUUUCAUCUCACAGGGUAGCAUGAGCUUCUCGAGUUUCCGCGACGUGUGGCAGAGCCGGAAGCUGUCCGUCCUGCACUUCGCGGUGCCCAGAAGGGUCAACGAGAGCGCUUUGCUCCAGCUGUCCUUCUCGGUGGCCCUCGACCUUCUUAUGAAGGACGACGAACACAACGCGGUGGAGGACGAGAUGGACCCGGAUGGCGAAGAGGAUGAGGAUGAUGAGGAGGAGGAGGAGGAGGAGGGGGGCGGCAGGGCCAUGCAGCCUCCUCACCGCAAGAGAGCCGCGGCCGGCGGCCGCGGCCGCGGUCGGGGUGGCCGGAGCAACACCGAUGCCCGGGGCGGCGGCGACACGCAGCAAGCGGCCGCGAAAGCCCGUGCUGGAAGCGGUCGGGGCCACGGCGGUGACGCAGCAAACGGCAGUGGCGGUCCUAGCAGCAGUGGCGACGGUAGCGGUGCCGCGUCGUCUCCUACUGCCACGCCGGUUGAUCCACCACCGACCCUGCCGGCCCUCGAGACCGGGCCGGGGUCCCUCCCGUUCCAGAUCGGCGCCCUGUAUGCGCUGUACUGCCUUCACGGGACUCAGCUGUUCAGCUCCGCCCCGAUGCCCAUCCGGGUGUCGUCGGAGGCCAUGCUGGCGCUGUCGCGCCUCCGGUGGCGUCUAAAGGCGGCUGGCCCGCAAGCUCUGGACGCCCUGGCCGUGCUCUCGCGCCUUGUUCUUGGCGAUGGUUGUAACCCCGGCGGUGGCGAUGGCGUUGGCGAUGGUGGUGGGGGCGGCGGCGACGGCGGCGGUGGUGGUGGUCGCGGGGCCGGCACGAGAGGUGGCAGUGCGCUGCAGGCCGCCGCGUACACGGGGCCGUGUUCCCUCGCGUUCGUGGAGUCCAACAUCUCGACCACCUCGAUGACAUCGAAAGCGCAAGCUCAGGAGGUGGAGACCAAAUCGAGAGAGGUGGAAGCGGCCAUGGCAAAGGAGGCAAGGGCGGCGGCGAGGGCGAGAACGGCCCUUGAGGGGGAAAUGUCCACGGGGACCCCACCCUCGGGAGCCGCGCAGACGUCGAGCUGGGGGCCGAGGGCGAGGGUGGAAGCAGCGGUCGAGGCUGUUUCCGAGCAGAUCAAGGGUUUGUCGUCAACAUACAGGGAGUACGCCGCCGCUCUAGCAGAGGCACGUGUCCCGACCAUUACCACCGCCGGCACGUCCCCCGCCGAUGACGACGACAGCAGUGACGACAACGGCAGCACCAUGGACGACGCAGGUAACAGCAACACCGUUGGAGGUCAUACGGCGGGACGGAGCGAGUGGUUUGGGCGAGACCUCGAGGCCAUCCUCGAUCGCACCCGGCGGAAAAAGCCGUUUCUCGAUCCGCACGGGCUGAAGGAGCUCGCCCUGCAUCCGCCGCCGCCGCCGCCACCGCCGCCGCCGCCGCCGCAUCUAGAAGCGGAUUGUGCCACAUCGGAGUCACCAUCUCACCCGCCCGCGUUCAGAGCGUUGCCUUUGCCGGUGCUCCCAGAGACCCUGCACAAAUUAGGGUGGCGUGUCGGGAAGACGGCCAGAACGUCAGUGGUAAGCGCAAAGGAGGAAGCGCGGUCAAGCAUGAAGGCGCGCUCGAAAGCGAAACGGAACGGUGGUGUUGGCGGCGGCGGCGGCGGCGGCGGCGGCGGCGGCGGCGGCGGUAAGAAGAAGGCCUCUCAGGGCUCGAUGGUCGCGUCCGGCGUACGUGACAACAUUAGGCUCCUUCAGAUGGAGCUGAAUGCCGGGACAGACGAGGAGAGUGACGACAGCAGCAGCAACAGCAGCAGUGGAGAAAGGGAACCUGCGAGGGAGGGGGGUGUGGGGUCAGGGCAGGAGGGAGAAGAAGUAGACGAGUGCAUGAGCGAUGAAAACUACGGGUUGCCCUCAGGAGUACAGUCGAGAGUAACGACCGGGAGGGGGCCCCCCCGUGGCGGUGCUGGUUCCGCUAAGUGCGCGACGUUUGGGCUCCCCUCCGCUCCCGGGGUUCCACGGUCGGCGGCGGAGAAAAAGGUACCAACACGCGCUCGAAAGCGCGUCGACAUUGGCAGCAGCAGCAGCAGCAGCAGUAGCGACAGCGACAGCGGUAGCGGUAGUAGUGGGGGCGAAGAUGAAGAGGGAAGCAGCAAGGCCGAGGUGUCAGACGGUGGUGAGGACAACCUUAGGGACAGCAGCGAUGGUGGUGGCGGUGGCGUUCCCGACGCGGCGUCACGCCGCGGGCUCUCCUCCACACCCCGAGCGCCACGCCACGGCCGCAGUCACCUGAGCAGCAGGAGGCCGCAAGCUUCCGCCCCCCGACAGCCGGGGGCGGAGGAGCAAGUUCAAGAAGAGGUAGUUGUAGAAGACCGCGGUCGUGGGCGUCCCUGUAAGCAUCCCGUGGUGAAAGGACCGGCUAGUGGUGGCAGCGGUCGAUCACGCGGUGGGACUGGAGCGGGAGCGGGGGGGCGGGGGCGCGGUGGCGACGGCGGCAGAGGACGGGGGCGAGGCAAAGGCAGGGAGGGCAGGGAGGAGGAGGAGGAGGAGGAGAAGGAUGUAUCGCCGCGUGGGAGAAAGCGUCCGGCGGACAGCAUCUCGGACGCUAAGGCGGGCGCUAGGAAGGGAAAGAAAAUCGCACAAGGAACGGGGUGGCAGCCCUCCUCCCACGGCGAGGGUACGAGGACCGCUACCGCCUCCGCCGAGCUCGAAACCAGCGCCGCGGCCACAACGACAACACCGCCGGCAGCUGUGGGCGCCGCUGCAAAGAACAGAGAGACAGCGGGGACGGGUACCUCACCCUUGCCAGGCGACGCCAGCUCGUCAUCAUCAGGACGUUCACACCUUCGUGUAUCGUCUGGUCGCAAUGAUCCCGCUCCCGGUUCUCCCCCCGGUGAACUCUCCAAGGCAAGUGCGGCCGGUACCCGACCCUCCUCGUCGGUUCCUGAGGCGUCGGCAGCGGCGUCGCCGUUGGCGGCGGGCGGCGCGGCGGGGGGGGGUGGAGCAAGAGCAAGCGCGGCCACCGCUGGCGGUGGGGGGGGAGGGUUCGAUGCGACCGCGAGCAUGGACGCGGGCGUCGGUGAUACCAGCAGCGAUUGGAGCUCGGACGAUGACGCUUCCGCUGGAGCAGGAGGCCCCGGCCGGAAUGUGAGAGACGUAUCGAUGUAUGCACACAACCCGCGAAAGCACAUGCGGUGUGAAUCCCACCAUGAACGGCGCGUCAGGACAUUACCGGAGGGUCUGGCAACACCGCCGGGAGCCGUACAGCUCCUCCUCCUCCUUGCCCCGCUCGUACCCCUGGUGGUGCGACUCGCGCAUCUGCCGCUAACGCUGCAGUUGGGGAUGGUGCCUCCUCCUCUGCUUCGUCGAGCAGAACCGAAGCUGAAGUACCAGCCGUCUCUAGUGCGUCUGCCGCUGCCGAGACCAACAGCGGUGCGGCGGGGGGACAGGAGAUGGGCGAAACUUCUAGCGACAGUGAUGACGGCUAAGUGCGGGGGAACAUAUAUUCGCGCGCCUGUGUGGGAAUUUUCGCCGCCGGGCUAG